ACUAUUGAUGCUCAACAGUUAAUUUUAAGAUCCGCUCCUCCUUGUGUCAGUAUGAAGAUCGCUGGCUUCUAUCUUCUUCUAACACUAACUCUAUCAAUUUGUGAAGAAGACUUUUAUUGUGAAUGUGAUGAUGAAUGCCCUGAAAUGGAAUACUGCGAAUUCGGUGAAGUCCCUGACGUCUGCGAAUGUUGUUUCAUGUGCGCUAAGGGUGAAGGGGAGAGCUGUGGAGGGAUGUAUGGCCUGGCAGGUACAUGUGCUUGGGGACUCUAUUGUCAAGCUCACCCAAAGUAUCCACAGCUACCCGGUCUUUGUGUCUCAUAACGUAUCCAUUCAUUUUAGUGGUAUUUUUAUUUUAAUAAUAAAUUCAAUAAUAUGAAGAUAGAA